CUGCUGCCGAGGCGUCCGCGUACGUCGAGUCCAAACGCAAGCUGCGUCUAUUGGCCUCUCGCCGCCACGCCUUCCCGUCUUCCCGACCGGCAAAACCAGAACAUUCGCGCACUCACCUGCCCUCCUCUUUGUCUAUCUAUAUACAUACGCACAUCAACCACCUGGCCUCCGCAUGAUCUCUUCAAAAUCACACACGCACCUGGACCCUUCCUGAUCACCAGCACCCGCGACUCCACACUUUUCGCCGCCGAUCGAUCGCCAUGGGGAGGAGGCCAGUGCGGUGCUACCGUCAGAUCAAGAACAAGCCGUACCCGAAGUCGCGCUACUGCCGCGGCGUGCCCGACCCGAAGAUCCGCAUCUUCGACGUCGGGCAGAAGAAGCGGAGCGCGGACGACUUCCCGCUGUGCGUGCACCUGGUGAGCUGGGAGAAGGAGAACGUGUCGAGCGAGGCCCUGGAGGCGGCCCGGAUCGCGUGCAACAAGUACAUGGCCAAGCACGCGGGCAAGGACGCGUUCCACCUCCGGGUGUGCGCCCACCCGUACCACGUCCUCCGCAUCAACAAGAUGCUGUCCUGCGCGGGCGCCGACCGGCUGCAGACCGGGAUGCGCGGCGCGUUCGGGAAGCCCACGGGGACGUGCGCCCGCGUCCGCAUCGGGCAGGUGCUCCUCUCCGUGCGAUGCCGCGACGCGAACGCCGCGCACGCGCAGGAGGCCCUGCGCCGCGCCAAGUUCAAGUUCCCCGGCCGCCAGAGGGUCAUCUUCAGCGCCAAGUGGGGAUUCACCAGGUUCAAGCGCGACGAGUACCUCAAGCUUAAGAGCGAGGGACGCAUCGUGCCCGAUGGCGUCAACGCCAAGUUGCUAACUCGGCACGGAUCGGUUGCUGAUCGCCAGCCCGGGAGAGGGGUCUUCCCACCCUCCGUUGCAGGCUCAGACGCAUGAGGAGUGCUUUCACUGUCCAUCUCAUUGGAGGUGGUUGCAGGCUGCAGUGUCUGAUCGAGCUCUGUUAAAAGAGUGACAUGUCAUGUGUAUAUAUUAUGGUAGUGGAAUAAAUGACGGUGACUGUGUGCAGUAAGCCUUGUUGGUCUUUGGUAGCACGGUUCGUGCUGUAAAUUAACUCUGCAUGCGAAUAAAUAAAGAUUGGUGAAUUAUUCUUCGUGUGAAAAAAA